CGCUGGAGGAAAGUUGGAGAGGCGCGAGGGUGCGCGGGUGGGGCAGGGCAGCAGCCUGGGCCCAGCCGCCCGAGCUGUCCCAGGACCCAGCUCAGCUGCUGCUCCUGCCGGAGCCUGGGCCGGCCCCGGGGGCCGUCCGCCCUCGCGGUUGGCGAGGCUCUUCGAUCUGGAAGCGUUGCACAAAACUGGAUCGAGAUCUACAAUUUUGUUAAACAGCUUACAGAAAGAUUCGUGAGCCCUGGGAUGAGAUUAUCUUUCAUAGUGUUUUCUUCCCAAGCAACCAUUAUUUUGCCAUUAACAGGAGACAGUAAAAAAAUCACUGAAGGUUUAAAAGAUUUAAAAGAAGUCCAGCCUGUAGGAGAGACAUAUAUACAUGAAGGAUUACGGCUGGCCAAUGAACAAAUUAAGAAUGCAGGGGGAUUGAAAACUUCUAGUAUAGUGAUUGCACUGACGGAUGGCAAGUUGGAUAAAUUGGUCCCCAAGUACGCAGCCAAAGAGGCAAACAUAUCCAGGACCCUUGGGGCUAGAGUUUAUUGUGUUGGAGUUCUUGAUUUUGAUCAAGCCCAGCUUGAAAACAUUGCAGACUCCAAAGACCAAGUAUUCCCUGUCACAGGAGGAUUUCAAGCCCUUAAAGGAAUAAUUAACUCUAUAUUAGAAAAGUCAUGCACAGAAAUAUUGGACUUGGAACCAUCAAGUGUCUGUGUAGGCCAGGAAUUUCAAAUUGUGCUGAGAGGAAGAGGGUUCACAGUGGGUAGAAGUGGAAACUCUGCUUCCUGUACCUUUACUGUGAAUGAAACAUACACCUUGAGUGUAAAACCAGUAAGUAUGCAGUCGAACUUUAUGCUCUGUCAGGCACCCAUCCUGCAUGAAGUUGGAGAAACUCUUGAGGUUUCUGUGAGUUUGAAUGAAGGAAAAUCUGUUCUCUACAGCUCUUUGACGGUCACAGCUACACCAUGUUCCAAUGGAAGUGCAGCAGUCAUUGCUAUUUUGGUGCUACUUCUACUAGUGGGCAUCGGUUUAAUGUGGUGGUUUUGGCCCCUUUGCUGCAAAGUGGUAAUCAAAGAUCCUCCCCCACCACCACCACCACCACCCAAAGAGGAAGAAGAAGAACCUCUGCCUAACAAAAAAUGGCCAACAGUAGAUGCUUCCUAUUAUGGAGGUCGAGGAGUUGGAGGAAUUAAAAGAAUGGAGGUUCGUUGGGGUGAUAAAGGUUCUACUGAAGAAGGUGCAAGGUUAGAAAAAGCCAAAAAUGCUGUGGUGACAAUUCCUGAAGAAACAGAAGAACCCAUCAGACCUAGACCACCUCGGCCCAAACCUACAUACCAGGCUACUCAGACAAAGUGGUACACUCCAAUUAAGGGCCGGCUUGAUGCACUCUGGGCUUUGUUACGUCGGCAGUAUGACAGAGUUUCUUUGAUGCGACCUCAGGAAGGAGAUGAGGGCCGAUGCAUAAACUUUUCUCGUGUUCCUUCUCAGUAAGAAAGAAGGCAGAAAAAAACAAACGGUACGAAGAUGGAGCAUUAUCACUACCAGUUUCCAAGCAAAUGAAGACCAUGACACAUAUUUUUCAUUCCUUGGAAAUGCAGCUUAAUGCCUCUUAGCCUAGAUUGUUCUUUUGUGAUUUCUCAUCUUUUCAGAUUUCACCAGUCAGCUUGCUUACACCAAGCUGUUUCAGUCACUUGUUCUACCACAUAGGUAGGAAUUCAUUACAACUUAGUGUUAACCCAUGAUGCAUAGUUGUGGACAUGAAGAGGAACAUUAAUUUGCAUGCAGAAUUUUGACAGAAAAUCCAGUAUUUAUAUGUAAAGGGUAGAAGCAACAGCAGAAGAAACAAUUCACCAUGAAGAUGAUAGCUAAAUAAAAGAACUGGUCAUGGUGUAUCAUUAUUAAAGAAGUAAGCCUUCUCCAAUGGAAAUAUGGCACUUGUAAUUAACAUAGAGAGAUUGUUAGCCAUAGGCAGAAGGUUUGGAAGAGUCCCACCAGGCUAAGCAAAUUGAAAAGUUCAUUCAUUGCCUUUUAGCGAUGUCAUAUCAUAAAAUCCUUGUGAGUCCCCUAUCAAAGUGUGCCUUACGGGAAGUUUCUGACUGGAAAAUCUUGUCAUUUUAACACUGAGAAGUGCACAUGCAUGACAAAAUGUAGACAGGAUGCCUUAAGGUAUUGGUAGCAAGCAAGACUUUGCCCUUUAGUUUUCGAAGACACCUUUCUUUCAUUAUGCACCCGGGACAAGAAGAAAAUUAAUAGAGCGUUAUCCUCUAGGAAGACAGCCCCAUAACCAAAGAGCAGAUUUUGAGAGCCUGGUACUUCAAGUCCUUGACACUGUGUCUGGAAGAUUUUUUCCUCCUUUUUUUCUGUUUUUAGAUUUAAGUAAUUCUUGCAAUAUUAUCCUCUAUAAACAUACCUGGCUAUAGCAGGAUUAUAAAUUAUGGUAGGUUUUUCCUUCAAAUUUAAAAGAAGGGGUUGCCUUAAAGCUAGUAUCUCAGGGUCCCCCCUUCAAAUCUCCAAGGGCUCUUCAGCGUCACAAGCCAGCAAUUCUCUUUGCAUGAGAAUUUCAAAGUUUAAUUAAUAUAAUUAAAGGCAACAGCAAGCAGCAGCCUGUGAAGAUUUUGCUCAUCUUUUUUAUGCCUUUUGACAUUGAAUGACCUAUUACUAUAUGCGCAUUACUUGGAUUUUGAGGGGUACUCUACAUUGGUUCUGAUUCAGCAAUUGAAAAAGACCUCUCCUCAACUUAAAAACAAAAUUUCAAGAGCGUUAGCCAUCACAAUUCAUUGACAAUGUAUGUAUUAUAAUUUUUUUAGAAAAACCAUCAUCAUGUCACGUUGACGAUGCCAAAUUAUGUUAGUGUGAGCAGAAACACUGUGGGGGAGGAAGAAGGGAGCAGCUGAAGAAAAAGACUCAAAUGAUCCAGUCACUUUUGAUACUGUACUUCAGAUGCAAAAUGGAUAUUCGAGUCGAAACCUGACAAAGCGCGCCUGCUUUGAUGUGAACUGGUAUAGACAAUGACCAGUGGCUGGGUCAGUGGGAUGUCUCUCUGUGAGCAGAGAAGCUUAUCAAAUGACACUAAAAAUAAGUUCAACAACCAUCACAUGGUUGGGGGAGGCGGGGGCAAAGGCGAACACUUCCCGUUGGGUGGGCACGCUGCUCAGGCGCAAGAUGGGAAGAGCGAUGUGGAGCAUCCUGUUCUUACCACCCCUUUGUGUUCAUCAUGGAAAUUUCAAGGGACAUGAAUGAUUCUCUUGGAUGGUCUCCAAAUUGGUGGCAUCGCUCGAAGACGCCAUAUCUAUAUAUCUGUAUGUCUAUAUAUGGAGAUAUAGAUAUCCAUUGCCUUUUUAAAAAUCUCUUGCUUGAGUUUAUUUCUGUCACUGGCUGAAACCAAAGCCAUGUGUACAAGUAUUUCACAAAUAAAAGUCUUUUCUUAGCCUAUCAGAUAACUUUCUUUUGAUCCACUGAAGGCGUGUGUGCUUUGUAUCUAUGAACUUCAAAUUGUUUUUUAUCUGAAUGUAGUUCCCUCCAUAGAUGAAGGAAUGAUUGGAAAGAUGACCAUGUGACCUGUCCAGAGCUGCACACUUAUCAGCCUGUGGUUUGGAGUUAUAACCAUGGUUUUAGAGUUUAUUACUGUUAUCAGCUCUUCCUCUUCAGCUCACCUUUGAAUGGAAUGAGCCACUUCUUACCAAAUUUACUCACUGGAAUACUAUCUUUUGAACUUCAGGAAGGCAUGUCAGCGAUAUUAAUGCAACUGAUCUGUGCCUCUUUGAUGUUCAUUUUAAGUUUGUCUAAAAAUAAAAUGUUUAUAAAAUAUUGGGUGAAGAAUGUGAAUAGUCCCCACCCAAUGACAAGUGGCUUUUGAUAAACUGUUAUGCAAAUGGAUUUUGAGCUCAAUAGCACUUCCUGGAUUACUUUUUGAAAGAUUAAAAAGAGAAUUCAUAAGAGCUUGAAGAAAAUUCUGCUUAAUGAUAUACUAGUUGUUAGAAUGUCUCAGGUUAAGUUUAAAACAAAAAUAGUAAAUUUGUUUAAAACAAUAUUCUUUACAUAAAGAGAGCACUCCAAAGUAGAACAGACCAAAAACUUCUAGAAGAUUAGAGGCUUAGGAUAACAAGUUAACUCAUGUAUGCUGGAAAUAAACAUAGUAUUCCAUGGAAUAUACAUUUUCAGAACAAUUUAAUUGAAUGUAUUGUAAGAUGUAUUAGAUGACUAAAGAUUUUUUUUUAAAUUUUAUCACCUUUUACAUGAACAAGUCACCGAAAGGUGAAAAUCAUCAGGGAGAAAAAUAUUACAGUUAGCAAAUACAUUGUGCAUGCAGUUUUCCCCUCUUACAUGAUAUAUUUGUAGAGAAAUUCACAAUUUCAAUAUAACUCUGCUUUAAACAUUCAAUAAAAUUAUAUAUUUAUUUGAUGCAUGAAGAAGAAAAAAUCUGCUUUAUUUGCUGGACACAAUGUCAAUGCAAUACUUUUUUUCUCAGCAUAUACCAAUAAACCCAUAUUCAUCAUCCCAAUUGUGUUGCAUAAGGUGGUAAAAACAAUUAAGUGGGAAAUGACUCUUAACUUAUGUGUCUACUCUGCCUAGAUAGAAAGUUUUGAAGGCAUCUAUAUAUAUUUCAUAACAGUGUCUGUUCUUUAUGGAUUUAAUCCAUAAAUAUUUAUCUAUCUGAAAACUUUGAUACUUGGAAUGUUUUCCUUGAAGCAUUUGGUGCUCAGAGGGAGGAAAAAAAAAACAUUUGGUGCUAAGCAUUGCACACUGAUUCCUUUCCCCAAGUUUAUUCUAUUUUAAAAAGUUAUAUUUUCUUUCCAAUAAGAUGCAGAAUAAAAUUUGAGGACUUCCAUUAAUCAGGGAGCAGCAUCUGUCAUCCGUGGAGAGUUCUUAUUUUGGCAAAAUAGACAAUAUGAGUUCUAUAGUUUUUCCAAUUUAAAAUGGUAGAAAAGUAAAUGAUUUCUUUUGAUUGACCACUGUACUUUUUAUUCAUACUUAAUUUUAAAUCAUAAGUUAUUUAAUGAAUUUUGUCUAUAAUAAAGUUCUGAUUGUUAAGGUGUAUCUCUAUGAAUUGAAUAAAACAUUUUGCUACCCUAGGUACCAACCAA